AUGGACUUCAAGCAAUAUUCUACCGAUCUCAAUGCAAGGUUGAGGAGUAUCUGUGAUGUGGUGGAGUCCAUUUUUAGAAAACCUGAGAAGAUCAAAGAUCUAAAUAAAACGCAUCAUCCUCAUUCCCAAGAAAAAGGGUUUCCACCUGUAGUCCUAUCGUGGAAAAGAUCAAGGAAAGACUUAACAACUAAUAACCUUCUUUCUAUGUCUGACAAAGUUAUUUUCACCAAAUAUGUUCUCCAGGCACUCUUUGCUUAA